AAAAGAAACAGUAUUUACCGCAAUAGAACAUUUUCAGAAACAAAGAAGAUCCAAGAUUCACUUUCGACGUGGCAAGCAAAGAAAAAUCCACGUAGGAAAUUCGGUCAAACCAGUCAAAGGCCACAACUUGUCUCCCGCCUUUCUUUAUAAGAAAGCACACAACAAACAACACAAAAAAAAGAUUUAUCUCUGAAAGCUCCAUCUGACCUUUUUCUCUCAAACCCUUCGAAAGAAAAAAAAAGAAGAAGACAGAGCCUAAAAAGAUGACGAAGAUCAACGCUCUCUGCCGUUGUCUCCUCCCGUGCAUCACACCUCCGACGAAUCCAACCACCGCGUCAUCAUCCACCACCACCACCGGAGUCACCAAGAAACGUCUCAGCACUUCUCUCAGAGACGACAUCAUCGACGUUCAAGACUCAGCCUCUUCCUCCGAGGCCACGUCCUUCUCCUCCUCCUCCGCCGUCGACUCAGGUUCCCUCUCUCCCGUCGCGCCGCAGAGACCGUCGAGGACGAUGGUGAUCGGCACGCUUUUCGGGAGGAGAAAGGGACACGUGUGGUUCUGCGUCCAGCACGACCGUCUCUCCGUCAAACCCCUCCUCCUCCUCGAGCUUUCAAUCACCACGAACCAGCUCGUCCACGAGAUGGACUCGGGUCUCGUCCGAGUCGCUCUCGAGUGCCCCACACGACAGGAACUCAAGUCUUGCUCGCUGAAAUCCGUGCCGGUGUGGACGAUGUUCUGCAACGGGAGGAAGUCGGGUUUUGCUGUGAGGAGGAGCGCAAGUGAAGAGACGAGGGUGAUGCUGAAGAGGUUGGAGUCCACUACGGUUGGUGCGGGGGUGUUGCCGUGUGGAUCCGGGUCGGAUCUUGAUGAGGUGAUGUAUAUGAGAGCGAGUUAUGAGCAUGUUGUGGGUAGCUCUGACUCGGAGUCUUUCCAUCUCAUUAACCCUGAUGCUAACUCUGCUCAAGAACUCAGCAUCUUCUUGCUAAGGACGUCUUCCUAA